AUGAGAAAAUGUUACCAAGCAGCUGCUGUCAUUUUUCAGGUUGAAUAUAAGAAGGACUUGGAGAAAACCAAAGGUCACAGCAUCAAUUUUUGUGAGACUCCACAGUUUCAAAAUGCUGCUAAAGUCGCCAAGUUUACAAGUGAUAACAAAUAUAGAGAGAAGUACGCCAGCGGCAUGAAGGGCCAUUAUGAAGACUCAGGAAUCGAUAAGAGAACCAUGCAUGCCAUGAAAGCCAGGACAUUGGCUAGUGAUAUUUCCUAUAAACAAGGCUGUGACCAGGAGCAGGGUGAAUACAACUACCCAGCAACCCUCACACCAGGCUACAAAAGUCAAAGGAAACUCGACCCACUGAAAGACAAGAACUACAGGCAACACAUCGACCAGGUCAAGUACCGUCAAACUACAGACACACCUGAGAUAGUGUUGGCAAGGAAGAACUCUCAGCUGGUCAGCAAUCUUAACUACAAAAAAGGCUAUGAGAACACCAAACAUCAGUACACGCUGUCCCAGGAUCUGCCCCAAAUCAAAACGGCCAAAGCUAACGCUGCCUUGUGCAGUGAUAUUAAGUAUAAGGAGGAGUGGGAGAAGAGCAAGUCUAAAGCCUGCGACAUUGGUGUGGACGACCUGAGUGUCAGAGCAGCUAAAGCUUCCCGUGACCUCGCCAGUAAUAUUAAAUACAAAGAGUCCUACAUGAAAAACAAGGAAAAGGCAAUAGGGGUCAACGUAAGCGACUCCCAGACCAUGCACUCUCUCCACGUGUCCAAGAUGAACAGUGAUGUCGCAUACAAGAAGGGUUCCAAGGAGGGCCAGGCCCAGUACAGCCUUCCUCUGGACAUGAUCAACCUGAGCCACGCUAAGAAGUCUCAGGCCCUCGCCAGCGACCUGGAGUAUCGCACGAGGCUGCACGACUACACCGUCAUGCCCGAUGACAUCAAGGUCGCGCAGGCCAAGAAGGCUUAUUCCCUGCAGAGCGAGAACCAGUAUCGUUCAGAUCUGAACUGGAUGAAAGGAGUGGGCUGGGAGGCUGAUGGAUGUAUGAACAUCACCCAGGCCAAGAAAGCUGGAGAGUUGCUUAGUGAUACUAAGUACCGCCAGAAGGCAGACAGCAUCAAGUUCACCCAGGUGGCGGACAACAUCUCGAUGGCACACGCCAAGAAGAGCCAGGAACUGCGGAGCGACCUGACGUACAAAGCAAACACAGAGCAGAUGUUACACCAGUACACCAUGACAAAUGAUGAGCCCCUCUUCAAACAAGCAAAGGCUAACGCUGACCUUCUUAGUGGGAAAGUUUAUAGGAGCAACUGGGAGAAGCAGAGGGAAAAAGGCUUUGAGCUGCAUUUGGACUCUCUUUCUAUUCUCACAGCUAAAGCCAAAACAGAACUGGCCAGCGAUAUCAAAUACAGGGAGAAGUAUGAGAAAAACAAAGGCAAGGUGAUUGGAAUUAAGUCCGUCAGCGAUGACUCAGCGAUGGCCCACUCUGCCAUGGCCACCAAACUUCAGAGUGACCGCAAUUACAAGAGGGACUAUGAGGACACUAAGACCAAAUACAAUGUUCAUCUGGAUAUGAUGAACAUAGAUCUCAUUCAUGCUAAGAAGGCUCAAGGCCUCGCAACUGACACCAACUACAAAACUUUCCUCCACAAGUACACCACUCUGCCCACUGACAUGAACAUAGCCUGGGCUAAGAAGGCCUAUGGACUACAGAGCGAUAAUCAGUACAGGUCAGAUCUGAACUGGAUGAAGGGUGUUGGCUGGGAGGCCGCCAAAUCUCUGGAUGUCCAGCAGGCGAAGAAAGCCGGGGCGCUCCUCAGCGAGAAAAAGUACCGCCAGGAUGUGAGCGCGCUGAAGUACACCAGUGUUGAAAACACUCCGGAGAUGGUCCAAGCCAAACUCAGCAACAAACUGGCUGUUGAUAGGUUGUACAGGGAGAAGGGUGAAAACAUGAAGCACAACUACACACUCAGUGGAGAGCUGCCGGAGAUGGUUCAGGCCAGACUCAAUGCUGUGAACAUCAGCGAGAGCUGUUACAAAGAAUCUUGGACUAAGAUACGUGAUGGCGGUUACAAGCUGAGUCUGGAUGCCAUUCCUUUCCAGUCUGCAAAAGCGUCCGCAGAUAUCCUCAGUGAUCAAAAGUACAGGGGAGAAUUUGAGAAGACGAAAGGGAAGAUGAUCGGUCUGAAGGGACUGCAGGACGACAUAAACAUCGCUCACUCUGUCAAUGCCAGCAAGCUGCACAGUGACAUUAAGUACAAGAAAGACUCUGCAAAGGACAUGUCGAAGUUCCACCUGUCCAUGGACAUGCUGGAGGUGUCCCACGCUAAAAAGGCCCAGUCUCUGGUCAGCGAUCAGGACUACAGGCUGACCUUGCAUCAGUACACCUCGCUGCCCGAUGACAUGAAGGUGCUGGCGGCCAAGAAAGCAUACGCUCUGCAGAGUGAGAAAGUGUAUCGCUCUGAUUUGAACUACUUGAGGGGUGCAGCCUGGAUCGCCACUGGAGCUCUGUCGAUUGAAGGUUCCAAGAGGGCCACGGAGCUCAUCAGUGAUACAAAGUACCGCAAGCAGCCGUACCACUUCAAGCACACCUCUGUCGUGGACUCUCCAGACAUCCUUCAUGCCAAACUCAGUGGACAGAUCACAAAUGAACGUUUGUACAAAAAGAAAGGGGUGAACGACCAGCACAACUACACCAUAACAUCUGAUAGACCAGAGAUCAUGCAGGCUAAGAUCAACGCAGCUAACUUCAGCGAGACCAAGUACAGAGAGUCCUGGCACACGCUGAGGGCUCAGGGCUACAAACUCUCCAUGCAGGACAUCCCCUUCCAGGCUGCCAAGAGCUCCACCGGCAUCGCCAGUGAGAACAAGUACAGACACGACCACCUGCUGGAAAAAGGGAAGCACAUUGGGGUCAGUGCCUCAGAAGACCCGUAUCUCGUGCACUGUCUGCAGGCGGGCCGGCUGGCCAGCAACCAGGAGUACCGCAAGGACGCCAUGACGAACAGCGGCCAGUUCCACCUCACCCCCGACAUGAUUCACCUGGUGACGGCCAAGAACUCCCAGGCCCUGGCCAGCGAGCAGGACUACAGGAAGAGACUACACGAGUACACCAUACCUUCUGACGACAUGACGGUCAAGUGGGCCAAAGCAGCUCACGACCUGCAGAGCGAGAAACUCUACAAGGCAGAUCUCACCUACAUGAAAGGAGUGGCCUGGGACGGAGUGGGUGCUCCUCAGCUGGAGUCUGCUAAGAAGGCUGGACAGCUCCUAAGUGAUAAGAAGUAUCGUCAGCUGCCAGACAGCCUGAAGUUCACCUCAGUGACCGACUCUCCUGAUAUGGUCCACGCUAAGGCCAGCUAUCAACAGAACAGUGAGAGGCUGUAUAAAUCUGGAAAGAAUGACGACAUGCAUAAGUACACUUUACAUUCUGAUGACCCAGAGUUUGUCAGAGCAAGGAUGAAUGCCCAGCAGAUGAGUGAUAAAGUUUACAAGGCGUCUGGGGAGCAGGUGAAGACGUCUGGCCAUGACCUCAGGCUGGAUGCUAUUCCCUUCCAAACUGCAAAGGCCUCCAGAGAAAUGGCCAGUGACUUCCGCUACAAGGAGUCCCAUGUGAAGGAGAAGGGGCAGCAGGUGGGGCUGCGCUGUGUGGAGGACGACCCUAAGAUGGUGCACAAUAUGGCCGCCAGCAAGCUCCAGAGCAACCUGGAGUACAAACGGCAGUCCAAGGAGGACCGCGGACACUUCAAAAUGCACGCCGACCAGCCCGAGUUCCUGAAUGCCAAAAAGAGUCAGGCUCAGGCGAGUGACCUCAAGUACCGCAGCAAGCUCCACGACUACACCUGUGAUUCGGAGCAACUCAACGUCAAGCACGCCAAGCAGGCCUACAAGCUGCAGAGCGACGUGAACUACAAGUCAGACCUGAACUGGACCAGAGGAGUGGGCUGGACCCCUCCCGGCUCCCAUAAGGCCGAGCUGGCCCGCCGGGCUGCAGAGCUGGGAUUCGCUGAGGGAGUCACCACUGACGAGGCUAUCGCCAACUAUCAGCACAUGAUGAUGGUUCAUCGCCAGCAGCAGAUGGAGCAGCAGCAGCAGGAGGCCUCGGAGCAGGUGGAGACCAGCGAGGAGAUCAAACAAGGCGUCAACAUGGACGCCAUGGAGGUGCUCCACGUCAAGAGGAUGAAGACCAUCAAGACCGUCCAAAAUAAGACCACCACAUCUUUCAAAUCCAUGGAGAAGAAGUCCAGCACCACCUCGUCCUCCUCCUCAUCGGCGGCUCUCCAGAACACCAUCCAGACAUCCAUAUCUAGUAAAGAUGCUGCGAUAACAGACGCGUAGAUAAGAGGAUUUUUUAUAAAUGAUUGUGUUAAGGAAUGUUAAAGAUGGCCGCUUUCAGAAAGUGUGGGUAACUCUAAAAGUGGUUUGCUGCUUUGAUGAAAUUUGAUGUCCACUGAACAAAAAUAGAAACGCAACGCUUUUGUUUUUGCUCCCAUUUUUCAUGAGAUGAACUCGAAGAUAUAAAACAU